CGUUCUUUUCCUUUCAUGGUGUGUACAGUGUACACAAAGAGCUUUUUUGUACACAAAGAAAGUUCGAGUAAAAUGGAUUACACAGCCAUUACCCAAUUUCUACUCUACCCUCCUCUCCUCUUCCUCCUGUAUCUAAUCUCUAACCACUUCCACCGGAAAUUCAAGAACUACCCGCCGGCCCCGUUCCUCACCCUCCCCGUCGUCGGCCAUCUCUACCUUUUGAAAAAGCAUCUCCACAAAACCUUAUCCAACAUUUCCAAAAAACACGGACCGGUCGUCCUACUCAAGUUCGGCUCCCGGAAAGUCCUCUUGGUCUCCUCUCCUUCCGCGGUGGAAGAAUGUCUGUCGAGGAACGACGUCGUUUUCGCGAAUCGCCCCCGUCUCCUGGCCGGAAAGUAUAUAGGGUACAACUACACCUCCCUAGCCUCGACGUCCUACGGCGACCACUGGCGCAAUCUCCGCAAAAUCGUGGCCACCGAAAUCCUGUCCAAUAAUCGCCUCCAGGCGCUCCACGAAAUUCGUGCAGACGAGGUGAAAUCAAUGAUCCGGAUGCUGGAUUCGUCUUCCAAAGCGGAGUCGCCAGCGGACAUGACGACUGUGUUUUUGGAGUUGAUGCUGAACCUGAUGAUGAGGAUGAUCGCCGGAAAAAGUUAUUACGGCGACGACAAGGAAGUGGAUGUGAAGAAGGCGGCUCGAUUCAGGGAGAUUAUCAGGGAGGUUUUCCUCUUCAGUGGGGCCGCCAACAUCGGAGAUUACGUGCCUUCUUUGAGUAGGCUAUCUGUCAAAUUCGAGGAGAGUUUGCGACAGUUACAGCUCAAGGUAGAUGCUUACUUGCAGGAUUUGAUUAGGGAGUGCCGGGAAAGGAUGGGUGACGGCGGCGGUGAUGACACGGGAAAAAGGAAAUCCUUUGUUGAUGUACUGUUGACCCGGCAAGCAGAGGAACCCGAAUAUUACAAAGAUGAUAUUAUCAAAGGCCUCGUAUGGGUAAUCUUAGUAGCAGGAACAGACACAUCAGCUGCAACAAUGGAAUGGACUCUCUCACUACUUCUAAACCACCAACAAGUUCUGAAGAAAGCGCAAGAAGAAAUCGAUGACAAGGUGGGAUACGAGAGACUAGUUGAGGAAUCGGAUAUGGCUGACCUCCCCUAUUUGAAUUGCAUAAUAAAGGAAGCAAUGAGAAUGCACCCCGUUGGCCCUUUGGCAAUCCCACAUGAGUCCUCAGAGGAAUGCACUAUAGCAAGCUAUCGCAUCCCGAAAGGGACAAUGUUGUUGCUCAACUUGUAUUCGAUCCAGAGAGACCCCGAAUAUUGGGAUGAGCCCACAAAGUUCAAGCCAGAAAGAUUUGAAGACUUUAAAGCAGUUACUACUGCUAAAGAAUAUGGGUACAAAUGGAUGCCUUUCGGGUCUGGUAGGAGAGGUUGUCCGGGAGAAGCACUGGCAUGGCACAUUGUUGGGUUGUCAUUGGCGUCGGUUAUCCAAUGCUUUGAUUGGGAAAGACUUGGAAGUGAAUUGAUAGAUAUGUGUGAAGAACCUGGUUUGACUAUGCCCAAAGCAACGCCUUUGGUGGCUAAAUGCAAGACACGGCCUUUUGUCAUUAAGCUCCUUUCUACUUAUUCAACAUGAUUUUCUUGUGUUUUUUUUGUUGUGUAAAUAUGUUUUUCAUUUGAAAUUACAGUCGAAGUAUUUAUAAAUCACACAUCAUCAAAUCGGAUUUGAAUCUAGUGUAGUUACCCCAGUGUGGUGUAUCUACUUGCUUAACCAGAUGAAAUCUGUUUAAUAAUUUUAUUUUCAUGAUAGAAGCCUAUCAUAUGUAGAAUUAUAGAUGAUGUAGCAUCCAAUUUCUCUCCCAUUUUUUUUUAUUUGACUUUUGUGGGAUCUCCGCUUUACAUACAUAU